AUGGCAGCCGAUACCAACCAAGCACAUGGCAUUAUGCCUAAUGGGCAAAGACCCGCAGAGCCAGCCUCAUCCCUUCUUGCGGCGCACUUCGCCCCUCGUCUCACAUCCCAUGGACACGAUGCGCAACGACUUUCGCGGGAGACCUUUUCCCAGCUGCGCCAGGAACUUCUCGGAGACAGGCAGAGCCAAAUCCGCGCCGAUGAAGGAAUCACAGACAUUAACAAGUUGAUUUGUAUCGUUCUGAAGGCGGGCCUCGAGGUUAGCCCGAACAGCAACAGCAACAGCAAUAAUCCAGAAGACGAAGACCUGGAGGGCCAGAUUCUGGAUUGUUUGGAUAUAAUCCAAGCAAGUAUUGAAAAGGCACCCCAAGUGCUGUGGGAUAUCUCGGAUCCGCUCAUUUUGGGCGAGGAUGUCCACGCGCCAUUGUUUGCUUGGUUGAUUCUCCGUCUGAUCAGACUGGCUAGUAUCUGGCAAUCGGAAUCUGUCCAACAUCGAAUCCAGCAGGUCUUCAUGGAAAUUUCAUGCCUUCAAUAUAAGCAAGUACGGUCAUCGGCUUCGUGUUAUAGCAUUCUGGCUUUUCUUCGGGCUUGUAUCUCAGAUAUCAUAUCUACGCUCGAAUCCUCUCUCAGCAAGGGCUGGCAUAGGUCUUACAGCCCGAAACUGUCAUUGCCUGGAUCUAUCGGGUCGCUUCUGAUAGAUUUAGACGAUCUAACUCUGCCCCAUGACCUGGUGAAGAAACCUACAGAGCUAGGGCCUUUUCCUCAGACCGUCGCACUGGUUUCCCAUCUGCUGGACUCUUUCAGUCCAAAAGCACCCGUGCAGGAAUUCGAAAAGCUUCAGAAUCUUGAUCUUCGUCAAAAUCUCUCGGGCGUCCUGAAUGGCUUCAAUCGCCUGCGCAAAGUCUUAGUUAAAUGGCUACACGAAUCAGGUUCAAAUCUGGGCCCUGGUGACGAUAGAGUGCCGAUCCAGUUCUUGACGCAUGUUCAUCGCUUCUGCGUUUCAAAAUCUGCCUCGGCGGCUUUGUUGUCGGACGUGAGUUUGACUUCGGCAUGGCUACAAUGUCUUGGUGGACUCCUCGGACCCAGUGUUAUUCAUGGCCUGACGAAUUUGCAAGGAACACUGGGCAAGUUCCUGGAAGAGGUGGCAGAAUUGACGAACCGAUCCAAAUUGUUCGAACACCAAACAAGAGAAUUACUUUUGCCGGUUAUUGUGGAUCAUGGUCAUCAGGAGCAGAGUAACAAGCCAAUCGAGGCCUGUCUUCUGAAUUCAAUCCAGAAACUUCACUCGGGGUUACUGGAGACUGCCGGGACUCCGGUAAAUGUACAUGAUACCUCGGACAAGAGCCCAGAUGACGUACAAAUGGGAACCAGCCAACAACCCGUGAUCUUAAACGAGUCUGAAGAAACCCGGGAAUCAAAACGACUCUGUAUCACCGCUGGAUCUACUUGCAGUAAUCCACUUCAAUUUCUCAAGGGUAAAUUGUCAUCGCUCCUAGAGUCCAGUGAGAUUUCCACAGUGGAAAGUCUUCGGAAAAUAAUUGAGAGUUCAUACGCCCAACUCUCCGAGCCCCAAAAAAGUGAAAUUCUGGAAACCGUGGGCAAGCUUUCUUGCGCUUUAACCGGAAACCUUGUCCAAAGGCAUUCUGAGAUUAUAUCGCGAGAACUGCUGUUUUGUGAAGCGUGCGAUGGUGGACAACAAAAGCAGGAAGCAGAAUACGGCGGGCAAAGCGAAGAAGAAUUCGGUCACUUGUGGGAAAUUGUCAACUUCAUUCUUCCGAAACUGACUCGUACGCCGGGCCCGAGAAUUGCUGCUAUGAUUGCUUUGAGACGGAUCUUGAUGCACUCGACCAACUUGAAUCAGAUGCAGCUUUCGACGUCAACGUCUGGGGAGUUUUGCCUCCACUCUCUUCGAAGCUCUAUUCGGGAACUUCGAAUUGCGACUGGACACGCGGUGCCUGCCUUUGUUCGCCCAGAUCUCCAACAAGAUAUCCGCCGGGCAAACUUUGUCGUUGUUCUAGAGUGGCUCAAGAAUCUGUCGGAAAAGGAUGAUAUGGCUUUGCAGGAGGCAUGCGUUUUGACAUUAUGUCGACUUGCAAGGGUGUCAGAUGACGAAGAGAAAAACAUCAUUUUGCUGCGUCUGUUGGAGUAUCUUGGACAUCCGAAUCCGUACAUAUGUGCGGUCUCCUACAAUGAGCUCUCCAAGCUCGCACAGCAAUUCUCGGUGACUCCCGCUGGUCUCUUCCGACCAUACUGGAGAACACUCUCCGUGGUAGUCGUCAAGAACCUUCAAUCUCGGCCGUACAUGGCUGAGCAGCUGUGUGAGCUGCUAGGAAUGAAAGUUGAUAGCUUCCUACGUUUGACGGAGGUUCAUAUUCUGCCUUACCUGGUGCUGACAAGAAGACGGGACAUAAUAUCCCGGAUUGGAGCAAGUCGCAGUGAAGGCGAAUCACCUUUCGAUGUCUGUUCGGAGAAGAAUAAUCUCGCUGCAAUUUUGGCUUUUCUUCUCGCUCAGCAGUCGAAUGACCCGGAAGCUAUGAUCAUGUCUCUUCUUGCGGAGAUAGACUCUGCUUUCAAAGGUCGUACAUUCGCUGAGCUUGUCCGAAUCGAACCUAUUUUGAUUGCUUGCGAUUUACUCAAGAACCUUGGGAAUUCGGGAGAUCAGAACAGGGAGAGAUUCCAACAAGCUCUCUAUCGACUUGCCUUGUUCAUUCCUCGGAAAUCCCCACACGGCAGCUCAUCUAAAAGGUCUGAUAUUUUGAUUCAUUUCAUUGAGGAGCAUGUCCUCGGUAUCAUCACUCAAUUUGCGAAUGCAAUCAAUGAUUUCGAAGUGAGACAGACAUUGGCAGAGAAAAGGCGCAACCUCAAGGCGAUCGAGGAGAUGAUUAACAUCGCCCAAGGCCAUGUUAGUAAUGCUCUGCCUCAAGUCAGCGCCUGCCUCCGGUCAGCACUCGAGAUCGAAGAACUGUGCGACCAUGCCUUUUCGGCUUGGAAGACUCUUAUAAGCUCCCUCAGUGAUGAAGACAUUGAGCCCCUCAUCGACCAGACAUUCGCCAUUGUCAUCAGAUAUUGGGGGAUAUUGACUAUCGAGAGUCAGCAUAGUGCCUAUCGACUCAUCGAUCAUAUACUCACCAAUCAUCCGAAUCUGGUACGGGAUACCUUUAAUACAAUGCCUUCGCUCUCGUCUAUUCCCGAUCUUCAGCCAUUGGAGGAUAGGGUCAACGAACUCAGAUCCCAGAUGGAUGUUCGAAGCCAAUUUUUGGCGCUCGUACGUCGCUGUCAGAGUGAAAAUGCCACUGUUGUCGAGCAGGCGCUGAAGGAGCUGACCCCCUUUCUCUCGGAGAAUGAGGAAUUCCUUCAUGUUUCGGUUCUCAGUGAGCAGCCUGAUCCUAUCAUUGCUCAAUUGACGAGAGCAUUGCUGAGACUGCUGCGUCUUGUUGGCUGUCUCGACCCCAAUCGCGUCGAAACAAUCAAAGAGAAGAAAGAUAUUCUGGUUCUGUCAAAUUUUGAUCGGAUAGAAGAGACGAUGGAGUUUGUCCUUUUCUUCCUUCAGCAUGUGCUUGUUGACGCAUUCUUGUCUGCUUCUGAUACAAGAGCCCAAGGAUUCCUAGCAUACGCCAUGCAAGGUCUUCUCAAAUUUUGCCAACUCAACGUGGCUGUUACACAGACCCAGCGUACCAGAGAUUUGCAAGGAGAUGAAAAGUAUCAGCGAUGGAUGGAGCUGCCUGAAAGUGUGCGUAAUACCCUGACGCCCUUUUUGACAUCAACAUACACCGUCACAGUUGUCCCGACCAAAUCCAAAGUCAACUACCCCUUGUUUUCCCCCGAUAUGACGCACAGCGAAUGGCUGCGUACGCUUGUGCAAGACCUUCUUAAAACGUCGAGAGGUGAUAACGCUAGGACCGUAUUCCAUGUUUGUAGUCGUGUUGUCAAAGGUCAAGAUAUCUCAAUAUCUUCGUUCCUCCUUCCUUUCGCGAUCUUAAAUCGCGUUGUCGGGGGUACCGAACAAGAGCAGCUGGAUCUUCAGCUGGAGUUAACCAAGGUGCUUUCGUACCCUCUUCCAGAUACAAAUAGCAAUCUCCGAGAAACGAUUCUCAGCUGCAGUCAGAGCGUUUUCGAGGUUUUGGAUUAUCUGUCAAGGUGGCUCCAAGGCAAGAAGAAACACAUGAGUGGUCUGAAUCAACAGGCCCAUCAAUCAUCAAGUCGAUCGCAUAGAGAGGCCGCUCGAGAUCCGCUCCAUGCCAAGUUCUCUUCUCAAAUAAAAUCAGUCGAAUCAUUACUGGCUUCAAUACCCCCCGAAAAAAUCUCCAAGCGAGCUGUUGAGUGCAAAUCUUUCUCCAGAGCCUUGUUUCACUGGGAGCAGUAUAUUCGCAAAUGCAAUUCUCAGGUCGAAGUGAACGAGCAGUCUAAUCCGGAGGCCUUGUACCAGCGACUUCAGAAUAUCUAUAGCCAGAUUGAUGAACCGGAUGGUAUUGAAGGUAUUUCGAGUCAUCUUUCAGCACUCGAUAUUGAUCAACAGGUUCUUGAACAUCGAAAGGCUGGACGAUGGGCCACUGCUCAGAGCUGGUAUGAGUUGCAGCUUGAGAAAGACUCGGCAAAUGUGGAAGCGCAGUGGAAUCUUGUCACCUGUCUGAAGGAAUCUGGACAGCAAGACGCGAUUCUCACUCGUUUUGAGGUCCUCAAGGAAGAUAAGCCUGCGGCCUCCCGCUUCCUCCCCUUCGCAGUCGAAGCCUCGUGGAUCACCAGCCGGUGGGAAAAGCUCCAGGGCUAUCUAGAGCUCUGCGAGGAAUCCGGAACCGGAGAAUUCAACGUGGGCAUUGGAACUGCUUUGAACACACUGCGCCAGCCCGAACCCGGAGCUGAAUCAUUUACGGAUAUUGUAAAUGGACUGAGGCUCCAGGUUGCAAAAUCACUGAAUGCCAAUUCUGUGGCCUCGCUUCAAUCUUGUCAUGAUGACAUGCUACGAUUACAUGCAUUGGCAGACGUGGAAGCUAUAGCCAACGCAGAAGCUAAGGGUCCUGGGUCAUACCAAGGGCUUCUCAAGGCCCUGGACAGACGGCUGGAUGUUCUUGGUGGUUAUAUCGCAGAUAAGCAGUAUCUCCUAGGUCUCAGGCGAGCGACGAUGGAACUAGCGGGACCUUUUCCAAGCUCGAAUAUUGCGGCCGCGUGGCUUACGAGCGCCCAUCUCUCGCGAAAGGGCAAUUUCACUAGCCAGGCAUACCAUUCAAUGCUUCACGCGGCCAGGUUGCAGGAUCGAUCGGCUACCAUUGAACAUGCAAGGCUUCUUUGGAAAGAUGGACAUCAUCGAAAAGCCAUCCAAACGCUGGAAGGUGCCAUAUCCGCGAAUGAAGAUAAUCCUCAAGAAUCAAUGUCGGUUGAUUCUGAGUCGGCGUCAUCUCUUUCUGGUGGUUCUGGAAAGCAUCAAGGUGUGCUGAUUACCGCUCGUGCGCACCUUUUACUUGCGAAAUGGACGGAUAGGGCUGGCCAGACGCAUUCCCAGGCCAUUGUCCAACGGUACCGUGAAGCGAUCAAGCUUUAUCCGCGCUGGGAGAAAGCACACUACUACCUAGGAAAGCACUACAACAAAAUUCUUGAUUCUGAGAAAGCAAAGCCCAUGGGCAAAGAAGCUCAGAUCUAUCUCAGUGGAGAGGCCACCAAGCUCGUCAUUGACAACUACCUUCGCUCGCUGACCUACGGGAGUAAAUACGUUUUCCAGACGUUGCCGAAAUUGUUGACGCUCUGGCUAGAGCAUGCCUCUAUCGUUGAUCAACCGAUUGAUCCGAAGAGAGGAGAUAACGAAGAGUUCCAAAGACACACCAAAGCUCAACGACAGAAAAGUCUAGACGAAAUGCAUGCUCAGCUGAGAAAGUAUAUCUCUUCUCGUUUGCAGCCUGCUUUGUUGUUCACUAUCUUGCCGCAGGUUGUGGCAAGAAUCUGCCAUCCUAACAGCACUGUCCAUGAUCUGUUGACUCGCAUUGUGGUCAAAGCUGUCCACUGUUUCCCCCAGCAAGGUCUUUGGACUGUCCUGGCCGUGGUCAAGUCGUCUAAUAAGGACAGAGCAUCAAGAGGGUAUACCUGUCUUAAGAAAAUCACGGAAUACACCAGCAAGCACAAGACAGAAUCGGCUCCUGACAUUCACCGCAUGAUAAGCCAAGGUCAAAAGUUUUCCGAAGAGUUACUCCAACUCUGCCUAGCUCAUGUCGAAGAGAGGGUCUUCAAAGUCAAUCUCGCGCGCAAUCUGGGAUUCAAUCACAAAGCCGCUCCGUGCCGGCUGGUGGUGCCAUUCCAGGCCAUGCUAAUCCCGAGUUUGCCUUCCAGCCACGAUUCGGAAUAUUUGAAGGGGUUCCGGCCAUUUCCUCGUGAUCCAACCACAAUCGACGCCGUUCUUGAUGAAGCGCAGAUCUUGCACUCUGCUCAACAACCACGAAAGAUUAGCAUUCGGGGCUCAGACGGGAAAAUCUAUAAUGCGCUGUGUAAACCAAAGGACGAUCUGCGUAAGGAUCAACGUUUGAUGGAGUUCAAUAACAUGAUCAACCGGUUCCUCAAGCGAGAUGUGGAAUCAAGCAAACGACGAAUGUACAUCAAAACCUACGCCGUUACACCCUUGAAUGAAGAAUGUGGGUUGAUUGAGUGGGUCGAUAAUCUGCGUACAUUGAGAGAUAUCAUCGCCAAAGGCCUUCGUGAAAGGGGCGCUGCACCGAAUUACACUGAGAUCAGACACUAUCUUGACGAGAUAUGUGCCGACCGUUCGAUGUCCAAAUUACCUCUGUUCACUACGAAGAUUUUAGCAAAGUGCCCUCCCGUUCUUCACGAAUGGUUCAUUGAGAUGUUUCCUGAGACCGAAGCUUGGUUCGCUGCAAGGUUACGAUACACGCGGUCUUCUGCGGUGAUGUCUAUGGUUGGAUACGUUCUAGGACUGGGUGAUCGACACGGAGAGAACUUGUCCUUUGAAGAAGGCACUGGUGGUAUUUUGCAUGUUGAUUUCAAUUGCCUGUUCGACAAGGGACAAACGCUCGCAAAGCCAGAAGUGGUUCCAUUCCGUCUGACGCAAAACAUGGUCGAUGCAUUCGGCGCCUAUGGUUAUAACGGACCAUUCCGAAGAACAUGCGAAAUCACACUGCGUCUUUUGCGGCAGAACGAAGAUGCUUUGAUGACUAUCCUUGAAACCUUUUUGCACGACCCAACUACAGACUUUAUCGGGAAAAGACGCCGCACCCAGGUAACCGUGCCCGACACGCCGGCCGGAGUUUUGGAGGAUGUUCGCAACAAGCUUCGGGGCUUUAUGUCGAAGCAACCCAUUGCUCUUUCGGUCGAUGGACAGGUGGACGAGCUGAUCAUCCAGGCGACCGAUAAGGCGAAUCUGGCAAAGAUGUACAUUGGGUGGUGUGCAUUCUUCUAG